UUUCUGGUUGAGCAUCAUAUUUUUACUUGUAAUUACAUCUUCAAUUCAAUUGGGAUGGAGGAUGUUGUCCAUCGUUCUCCAUUGGCUGAAAUUGAUUAGUCCGUGUCGCCCUUUAGGUCUCCUUUGAUGAUUCUUGAAUUCGAAUCGAAGUUUCGUCCUUGUUCUUGAUUCCAUUUCCUAGAUUUCUAAUCCCGCUAUCAAUUUACAUGAUCAAAACAAUCACACUUCCUCACAGGGAUGCGUGAAACUAGUCUAGAAUCAUACCUUGAUUCUCGAUUUUAUUGAUCAGUCAUGGAGUUGAGAUCCGGCGGUAGAAAGCUGUCUUUCGAUGUGCUUCGUGGAAGCGGUUCCUCUGAAGAAGACAGAUCCUUAAUUUUAGGCUCAAACUCCGAUCCAGUUUUAAAUGGGGUCGAAGAAUCCGGGGCGCAACAUUCGAUUGAGAAGCCCAAUCGAAGAAAGAGGCGGCAUCGUGGUUCGAAGAAGAACAAGGCGGCGGCAACCACAACGGCACCUUCAAAUUGCUCUAUUCCGGAGGACCCGAUCGCUGAAAAAUGCAUGAUCUCUAAUUCCGUCGUCGACAAGCCCGAAGACUUGGGGCGGCUCUCCGUGAAUAGAGAUGGUACUUGUACGAAUCGAUUGGAGUUUGGACUGAAUUACCGUAGCUGUUCUACUGGGACUGUGUUUUAUCAGGAGUUGACUGUUCCCGAUGAGAGUAGAGGGAGCAUGUCGAUUUUGACGCAAGGAUCAGAGGUGGAUUGUCAAAAUCUUCGCAAUGAUCGGUUUAGUUUCGGUGAGUUGAGGCAAAGGACUGUGAAUGGAGAUGAUGCAUCGUCAAGGUUUGGCGAUGAUAGGAAUGUGGAAAAUUGCGUGGAAGCAAACUCUGGAGUGAAGCAAAAAAGUGAGCCAAAUGGAAACGUGGUGCCAAGAUUGGAGACCGCAGGGUCGUUGGACUGGAAGCGGCUCAUGGCUGAGGAUCCUAAUUAUAUGUUUUCUGCAGAUAAGUCACCGUUCAAAUGCUACAUGGAGGAAAUGUUUAGUGGAAAUUCAUUACGGAUCACUACCACUUUUGGCAAUGAGAAAGAACGAGAAAGAGUUUAUGAUACUAUCUUCCGCUUACCUUGGAGAUGUGAAUUGCUCAUAGAUGUCGGCUUCUUUGUCUGCCUUGAUUCAUUUCUUUCAUUGUUAACCGUUAUGCCAACACGGAUGAUGAUAACUCUUUGGAGGCUUGUUAUUACAAGGAAGUUCAAAAGACCUUCUUCAGCAGAGUUAUCUGAUUUUGGUUGUUUUUUAAUAAUGGCAUGCGGUGUUGCUCUCUUAGAAUGGACAGAUAUCAGCUUAAUUUAUCACAUGAUUCGUGGUCAAGGAACAAUUAAACUAUAUGUUGUUUACAAUGUACUCGAGAUAUUUGAUAAACUUUUUCAAAGUUUUGGUGGAGAUGUGUUGCAAACUUUAUUUAACUCGGCAGAGGGACUUGCAAAUUGUCCACCUGAGAAUGUGGGCUUCUGGAUCGGAAGAUUCAUUUCUGAUCAAGUUUUAGCUGUGGCUGCUUCAAUUAUUCAUUCUUUUAUAUUAUUAGCUCAGGCAAUUACCUUGUCAACCUGUAUUGUGGCCCAUAACAACGCCUUGCUUGCUUUGCUGGUGUCUAACAACUUUGCAGAGAUAAAAAGCAACGUGUUUAAGCGUUAUAGCAAAGGCAAUAUCCACAAUUUGGUUUAUUUUGAUUCAAUCGAAAGAUUCCACAUUUUGGCAUUUCUCUUGUUUGUUUUGGCUCAAAACAUUUUGGAGGCAGAGGGUCCUUGGUUUGGGAGUUUUCUAUAUAACGCUCUCAUGGUUUUCAUCUGUGAAAUGCUCAUUGAUAUCAUUAAGCACUCAUUCUUAGCUAAAUUUAACGACAUAAAGCCUAUUGCAUACUCAGAGUUUCUUGAAGAUCUUUGCAAACAGGCUCUAAAUAUGCAAGAUGAAGAUGCAAAGAAAAAUUUGACAUUUAUUCCCGUUGCGCCAGCAUGUGUGGUCAUUCGUGUGCUAACUCCAGUAUAUGCUGCCCUUCUUCCUUUCAAUCCCCUCCCAUGGAGGUUUGUUUCGGUUCCACUCCUCUUGGGUGUUACCUAUGUGAUGCUCGUGAGCCUCAAGAUAUUGGUUGGCAUAAGUCUGCAGAAGUAUGCAACUUGGUAUAUUGACCGAUGCCGAAAGAGGAAGCAUCAUCUACACGCUGACUGAUCAGAAGGAUGUGUAUUAAGCUUGGCACUUCAUUAUGAUCAAAUGACAUUGCUGCUUCAAGUAGUCGCCCAGGUGCAAAGAGGACGACUGACCUUGCUCAUGCUGUGAGUCGAAGCAGCAAACUUGCCCCGUUCUGUAACUUACUUUCUUUCGUUCGUCAACGAGGCUGUAAAAGAAGAGGCCUUUUUGCCACAGGUUUUUGGGUUGUCAUUAUAUUUUUUAGUAUUGAAAUGCAAAAUGUGAAUACAAAGGAGAGAAGAAAAAUGAACUUUCCGAUCUAUGCUAUCUACCACCAUCUUUAUAGAGGUUUUGGCUUUAGGAAUUAGCAAUCAUGAGUUACACACAAUAUGGUUCACACAAAGAAAUUGUAUCAUUAAAUAAUAAAAAAAUAAUAGAAAAGCUCUUCACAUAUGCUUUCCCCUAUUGGUAUUUUUAGGAGAAAAAACUAUAAAUUUUGAAAUUUUGAAGAUUGAAUAUCUUGAGAUUAGAAUAUUUGUACAAGUACACUUGGAGAGGUGAUGUGAACUUUUGCAUGAUAUGAUGAGUCUUCAUUUUCAAAAUUUUUAAACUGAGCCCUAACAAUAGAUGUGGCAAAGUUGUAAUAUAAAUUAGGAGUGUAAAAAACCAGACCGAACCGGACUGAUUUGGUUCGGUUUGGUUGGAUCGGUUUAUAAGCAUAAUAGUACUUAACUGAACAGGCUCGAUUCGGUUCGGUUUGGUUUUCGAUUUGCGAUUAGAUUAGAUAUUUAUAUUUUUAUUUUAUUCUUCUCCCUCUUUAGUCUCUACCAUUCGAUCGAUAUCCCUCUGCCUAUGUUGCUCCAUCAUCGUUCUCUAUCAUUUGCUGUUCUCCAUUGAAGCUCUUGCCAUUCUCCGUCGAAGCAGUUGUGGUUAGGUUUUUGCCUUCUUCGGUAAACUCUCUUUACAUUCUUUUGGGUUCUUUAUCGUUCUCUGCCUCUCAUGGUUUGUUAUUCUCUAUUUCUGGCUUUAGGGUUCUUUUGUACAUCUUUAGUUUGUGCUUUUUAAUGAUUUUUAAUUGUUCGUUUGAACUUUCCAAUUCAAUGAGUUAUGUAGACUUUGUUGUUUGUUAGAUAUAUUUUCCAUUUUCUCCUUCUUAUUCUUCCAAUUGAUAAUUAUCAGUGUUUUUGGAAUUUGGGAUUUGGGUGAAUAUUUGAAUUUGUUUUCAACUUUUUAGGGAUUAGGUUACUCUAUUGGUACUGGGAUUUGGGGUUUGUUUCUCUUGGCUUCUUGAGUUGUAGUUCUUGUUAACUUUGUUAAAUUUGAACUGUCUUGUAUUCAGUUCUCUUUCGAGAUUAGUAAGAAUGGGACACAUUUUAGGGUGUUAAGCAUUAGCUUUUUGGUCCAUAGUCGCAAAUUAAUUAAUGUUUCGACGAUAACAAAUAUGAAUUUUUUUAUUGACUAUUUUAUUAUUUUGAAUAGUCCAUAACGUAAAGUUUGGAGCAACGAUUCCAUUUUAAUCACCAAAAUCGGAGUUCAAACGGAGUGGAUGUAGGUUGAGUUUGAACGAACCACUAUAAAAUUAUGUGGUGUCUUUUUCUCUAACUCUUUUCUAAUUACUUUUGCAUUUAAUUUUAGUUGCAUAUUUUUGUUAGUUGAGAUUGAUUUUAUACUUUAUUACAUACUAUUUGUUUAUCAAUCUUGUAAUUUAACAUAAUUUAGCUAUUUUUAUUUAAUUUAAAAUUAUCUAAUUAGUUUAAUUUAGGCUUAUUUGUUAAAAAAUUUAAUUAAACCCUAUUCACCUCCCUCUAGUGUUGCCAUAUUGGUCCAACAAUAGGGAUUUUUUGGAUUACUUUUUUUUAAGAAGAGUUUUAGGACAAAUUUGAUGUGAAAUGUCAUAGUUACCCUCAUAAAAAAAACCCUAAUUUCAUGCUUCUCAUUCUUUCCCUCCAAUUUCGUGCUUCCUAUUCUUGCCUUCUUUUUUUCCCUCCCCACUAUUUUUUCCUUGGCAGAUGGUAAAGGAAUGGCUUGGACGUUGACUCGACGAAAGAUCUGACUGCGGACCACGAACACGAGCAACUUCAUUCUUCACGUGAUCCCAUCUUCUAUGCAAUCUUCUCUCUAUCUUUCUUAUUUUGCCGCAACAUCUUUGAACGAAAGGUGAAGGGAGUCAGACAGAGGCUGUACAAUAUGGCGAGAGAGUUCGAACAACGUGGCAAGGCGACUUUCGUUUGGUUACUAAACUUCUUAGUAGGUGAUAAAUUUUUAGUUGGUGUGAAAAUAUUGUUUAUUGAUUUUUGCUCCAUUGUUGUCUAGAUCUAGAUUUUGUGUGAAAAUUUGUGAGAAAUUUAUUUUCCCAUUUGAUCA